UUUAUACAUUUCCAAAAAAUUUAAUAUUCAGUUUUUGUUGUUUGUUAUUUGUGUCGUGGUUUUAGUCCAAAAACUGUGAUUUUAAGGUGGAACGUUAAUUUAGAAACUUAAACGCUCUCCAGCAGUUCAUAAAGCCAGAUCUAAAAUGGGUGUAGAAAAUGAAGAAAAUCUCAAUUUGGAUCAAAAAAAUUCGACUGAAAAUGUGGACUAUAAUUAUAUACAGGGAAAAUUAUUUUCACAUCCUCCCCCUGGAGAAGAAAUCGUUAUUUCAGGUAUGUCCGGGACGUUUCCAAAUUCUACCGAUAUCUAUCACUUUCAAUAUAAUUUGUUUAAUAAAGUAAACAUGGUACUACCUAACAGACGAUGGGAUUAUAAGCAUCCUGAAGUACCGCUCUGCUCUGGUACCCUUCCUGUUAUCAAUAAGUACGAUGCCGGAUUUUUUGGUAUUCAUCGACAACAAGGGGAAUCCCAAGAUUCGAUAGGCAGAAUGCUUCUUGAAAAAACCGUUGAAGCGAUUUUUGACGCAGGUAUGAAUUUGGAAGACUUUGAAGGAACCAAUACAGGCGUGUAUGUUGGUACUUGUUUCAACGAAACUGAGAAAAGUAUAUUGGUUGACCAUAUUGGACCAUCCCCAAGAUGGGGUUUUACUGGGUGUAUCCGAUCGGCGGUCGCUCAAAGAAUAAGUUAUUUCCUAAAGCUUAAAGGUCCUUCAAUUGUAGCAGAUACAGCGUGUAGCAGUUCGUUGUUCGCUUUAGAAAACGCUUACAGAGAUUUGAGGAGUGGUAUGAUAGACAGUGCUAUUGUGGCUGGAGGCAAUAUGGUUAUCCAUCCCUUCAUCUCCCUUCAAUUUUCGAGAUUGGGAGUUUUAAGUUUGGAUGGUUCGUGUAAAGUUUUUGAUAAAACUGGAGAUGGGUACGCUAGAGCUGAGACUGUGUCUGUCAUAAUCCUGCAGAGGAACAAGGUUGCUAAAAGAAAAUAUGCGGAGGUGGUUUAUGUUAAAACAAACUGCGAUGGAUAUAAGCAGGCAGGGAUAACAUAUCCAUCUGGUGAAUUACAACGGCAAUUGAUGAGAGAGGUUUACCAUGAAUGCGGAAUUAAUCCAGCUGAUCUGAGUUUCGUCGAAGCUCACGGAACAGGAACUUUUGUUGGUGAUCCAGAAGAAUGUGGAGCAAUUGAUGAUGUCCUUGCCAAAUGUAGAAAUGAACCCCUCCUUGUUGGUUCGGUUAAAUCAAACAUCGGACAUUCUGAACCGGCUUCUGGUUUAUGCUCAGUAACAAAAUGCCUAAUAGCUACUGAAACUGGUUUAAUUCCACCAAAUAUUCACUUUACUACUCCAAGAGAGGAAAUUCUAGGAAUCGUUGAAGGAAGAAUGGUUGUUGUUACUGAAAAGAGACCAUUUAAAGAUAAUAGAGGAUUAAUUGGUGUUAAUAAUUUUGGAUUUGGCGGAGGCAACUGUCAUGUACUGUUAAGAGCUAAUCACAAAGAAAAAAUUAACGGCGGUCUUCCUAAGGACGAUAUACCACGAGUAAUAUGUGUCAGUGGUAGAACAUCUGAAGGACUUUUGACGAUUUUCGAUGAGAUUAAGUCACAGACACUGGAUGCUGAAUACGUAAGACUUCUGCAUGAUGUAUUUAGAAAACAAAUUACAAACCAUCUGUACAGAGGAUAUUCCAUAGUUGCAAAAUCUGGAGAAAUAUGCAGAUUUGUAGAAUAUUUUCUUGGUAAUAAAACUCCGUUAUACUUUGCUUUUGGUGAAGUAAAUGAAUGGUAUGAGUUUGGAAAAUGCCUUAAAGUGAUACCUGCUUUCGCUGCUACUUUAGAAAGAGCACAUAAAAUUCUACUUCCUAAAGGAAUUAAUAUCAAUGAUGCUCUUGAAGCACAUGAAUCAGGUAGCCCUAAAAAUCAAAUACUAGGAAGUAUAUUAGUUCAACUGGGUGUAAUAGACAUGUUCAAGAUGUUGGAAAUUAAGCCUACAAACUAUUUUGGUUACUCUUUUGGGGAAUUGCUAGCUGCCUACUUUGAUGGAAUACUGACUUUUAAACAAACUGUUGAAUGCGCAUCCACCAUUAACGACGUCGUAGAGAAAUUAAAUGCAGUUUGUAACGGAAAAGAAACAAUUAUGGCUAACAAUAUAACCAACAAUCAUGCGACUGUCAGUGUAUCUUCAUUAUUGGACAACUUUAGAGCAAAGUUUAAAUCCGUCGAGUUCUCUUCAAUAAAAAAAGAAUUAGCAUCCAACCUGUCCAACAUCUUACAAAACCACUCGAACAUAGCAUCUAAGAAAGACUUGGAAAAAUUUGGAUCUGCAGAUUAUUUCAUUAGAGCUUUGAUGAAUGGUACUUCCAACAAACUAGAUUAUAUUGAGAAGAAUUCAGUAGUGCUAAGGUUUGGCGCAAUCCCAAGUUUAGAUGUUUCUAUUGACAACGUUAAAGUUAUUCCUUUAGUGUCUGAACAUGAAGAUAAUUAUUUGACGGAAUUUUUGAAAAUCUUAGGAAAUUUAUAUGUCAAUGGAUACGAUCUUCAGUUGGCUAAAUUUUACCCAGAAGUGUCAUUCCCUGUAAGUAAAGGAACAAGGCUGAUUUCACCAUUUAUUAAGUGGGAACAUACUCGUGAUUGGUUUAUUCCUUCUUAUAACUUAGAAAUGUCUAAGAAAUGUCAACUUGGUCCAAGAUCCGUCACUGUUACAUUGACUGACCAUCAAUGGACUUUUAUUCAAGGACAUGUUAUUGAUGGAAGGAACCUCUUUCCAGCGACGGGAUACCUAUUUUUAAUUUGGGAAACUCUUUCCAUUAUAGAAGAUGUUCCGUUUACAGUCAAACACAUCAUGUUUGAGGACGUUAAGUUUUCAAGAGCUACUAACAUACCAAAAGCGGGAGCAGUAAAAUUUAUAAUAUUUUUAAAUAUUUCCUCUGGUAGAUUUGAAAUCGUUGAAGGUGGAUCUACCAUAGUAUCAGGAAAAGUCACAACCGUUGAAGAUCACACUUCUUAUAAUGGUGUUGAUACAAUUGAUAAGCAUAAAGAUUGUUUAACGAGGAAAGAUGUCUAUAAAGAGUUGCGUUUGCGAGGCUAUAAUUACAGUGGCGAGUUCCAAAAUAUCCAAGCAUUUAAUCCAUCUGACAAAUCAGGUCUUAUUAAGUGGACUGAUAACUGGAUAGCAUUUUUGGACAACAUGCUUCAACUGAAAAUUGUUACCACUGACACCAGAUUACUUUACGUGCCGACGUAUAUUUCCAAGCUUACAAUACCAUCUAAAUCAGUACUUGAAUGGGUCAAUAGAGGUUAUCUGCAGAAGCAAGUAGAGCCAAUUCUACCAGUUUACAUUAACGAAGAGACAUCUGAAAUAAAAUGUGGAAAUAUUGUGAUUCAAGGUCUUAUAGCAAGUUCAAUUGCCAGAAGAAAAGAUUUGGGUAUACCAGUUUUGGAGUACCAUACAUUUGUUCCGAACAUAACCGAAUUAGAACCAGAAGAAUCAAUUAGGGUCAAUCUUCAAAUUAUUUGCGAAAAUGCAUUAGCAAGAAAGUCUAAAGUUAUCGAACUUAUUGAUGAAUAUGCGGCACAAGAAAGUAUUUUAAUUCCUUUACUUCAAAAUGCAUUUGGAGACCAACCACUUCUUCAAGCACUUGUUAAAGUAUUAGCAAAAACUAGACCUGAAUAUGUUCCAGAAGAGAUUGAAGUAGAAGAUAAAGAACUGGCUACUGAAACUGAUUGCCAUAUAAUUAUUGGUUUCAAGCUUACCGAGAGAAAAGAAGUUUUAAAAACUGCAGCCAAAUGUCUAAAGGAUCAUGGUUUUCUUAUAUCUCGAGAGGAUGUCAACUUUGAUGCUACCAUAACUGAAGUAGAAGAUUUCACUGUAUUUACUGUGCAUAAAACUCCUUUAGAAACGUUGGUUCUUCUUAAGAAAAAUUUCAAAACCAAGGAACUCAUUGCAGUUGAGGUAGAUAGAUCAGAUGAUUUAUCGUGGAUUGAAGAAUUAAAGGAAACUGUUAAAUCAAAAAAGAGUGAUAAUGUCCUCGUUUAUGCUCAAAAUAGACCUUUAAGUGGAAUUAUGGGAUUCUUUAACUGCUUAAAGAGGGAACCUGAAACUAAUUAUAUGAGAUCCCUCUUUAUGUUCGAUUCAGAUCAACAUUUUGACAAAGAUAGCCCAUUUUAUAAGUCUCAAUUGAGUAAACAGAUGGCAGUAAAUAUCUGGAAAGAUAAUCAAUGGGGUACUUACAGACAUCUCGUUUUAAAAAAUCUGGACAACGUUGAAUCUGAGCACUGUUAUGCAAAUAUCACCGUUCGAGGAGAUCUUUCCAGUCUGAGAUGGAUCGAGAGCACUUACAAAUACGACAUGGUUGUACCUACUGAGAAGCAAUUGGUGUACAUUCACUACGCUUCUCUGAACUUUAGAGAUGUAAUGACAGCUUCGGGAAGAAUAAACGCCGAUGUAAUAACACAAGAUAGGAUUGAACAGGAAUGCGUUCAAGGAUUUGAGUUUUCAGGAUACACUGCACAAGGUAAGAGAGUUAUGGGAUUGGUAACACACGGCGCUCUGGCUACCUUGAUGUUGGCUGAUGAUUAUUUACUCUUUGAAGUGCCUGAUAAUAUGUCUUUACAAGAUGCAGCAUCAAUGACAUGUGUAUAUUCUACUGUUAUAUACGGAUUGGUAACGAGGGCAAAUAUGAAAAGAGGUUCGAGCAUACUGAUUCACUCUGGAACAGGCGGCGUUGGUCAAUCAGCCAUUAGAUUGGCGUUAGAUUUUCGCUGUAAUAUAUUUGUCACGGUAGGGACGAAGGAAAAACGAGAAUACUUACUUAAAACAUUCCCACAAAUUAAACCACACCAGAUAGGUAAUUCACGUGAUAUUUCCUUUGAAACCAUGGUAAAGAAAUAUACGGGUGGCAGAGGUGUAGACGUGGUUCUCAAUUCUCUAGCGGAAGAAAAACUUCAAGCUUCGAUUAGAUGUUUGGCACCCGGAGGUAGUUUCGUAGAAAUAGGAAAAUUCGAUUUGGCUAACAAUAACGAAAUCAAUCUUUUACUUAUGCAAAAAGAAUGUAGUUUUCAUGGAGUCAUGUUGGAUCAAAUUUUUACUGAAACUCCGAAGACAAAAAAGGAAGUAGCUAAGUUUUUUGAAGAAAAUGUUGGUGAGGGUAAAUGUAUUGUUCCUCUACCAAUAACUUGCUUUAGAUAUGAUCAGUUGGAAGAAGCCUUUAGACACAUGGCUACCGGUAAACACAUGGGAAAAGUUAUGAUAAAAAUACGAGACGUGGAGCAACCGCCUCAACCAGUUCCUGAGAAGUUUAUAGGAAUACCCAAAUAUUUUUGCUACCCCAAUAAAACCUAUAUUAUCGUCGGUGGCCUAGGAGGAUUUGGAUUAGAGUUGGCUGAUUGGUUAGUACUAAGAGGAGCCAAAAAUAUUGUACUUGUUUCAAGAAAAGGUGUUACCACAGGAUAUCAAAGCUUAAGAAUCAGGCUCUGGGAAUCGUAUGGUACAAUUGUACAUAUAUCUCAAGAUGACGUUUGUACUGAAGAAGGUUGCAGAAAACUACUUCAAACGGCAAAUCUAUUGGGUGAUGUUCACUCAAUAUUCAACUUGGGGGUUGUUCUGGCGGAUGCCAUUUUUGAAAAUCAAACAAUAGAAACUUUCAAAACAUCAUUUGGUCCAAAAGCUGCUGCAACACAACAUCUAGACAAAUUAUCAAGGGUGAUGUGUCCGAAAUUAGAAGACUUUGUGGUUUUUUCAUCAGUCUCGUGUGGCAGAGGCAACGCUGGACAAACUAAUUAUGGAAUGUCCAAUUCCAUUAUGGAAAGAAUAUGUGAAUUGAGGAAAAAGGAAGGAUAUCCAGCAUUAGCUAUACAAUGGGGAGCUAUUGGAGACGUAGGAUUAGUGGCCGAAUUACAAGAAAGUCACGUGCAGCUAGAAAUUGGUGGAACGCUGCAGCAGAAGAUCUCAAAUUGUCUUAACGUUUUAAAUACAUUGUUAAGACAAAAACAAGCCACGGUAGUCUCGAGUAUGGUAGUUGCCGAAAAACGUGGAGGAGUAGGAUCGAACAGUGUUGUGGAUACCGUAAUAAAUAUUCUAGGUCUUACUGAUGCCAAGUUAAUUAGCCAUCAUGCGACGUUACCUGAAUUGGGUAUGGAUUCGAUGACAGGAGUGGAAAUUAAACAAACGUUAGAGAGGGAAUUCGAGAUUUUCCUUGCACCGAAAGACAUGAAGACAAUGACUCUACACAAAUUAAAAGAAAUACAAGACCAUAAAGUCAUGUCGUUGGAAUCUGAGCAAUUAACUGACUUGGCCGUAAUAUUUACCCAUGUAGGUGAAGAAACCGAUGUCAAAAAAGUUGAACUGCCUCUGCCUUCAAAAGCGAAAGAAGGUGAAACGGACGAUACAAUACUUCUUUUCCCUGGUAUUGAAGGUCUUGGUAACAGGUUUACUAACUUAGCAUCUAGGUUAACAGCGCAUGCCAUCUCGUAUCAAUACUGGGACAGUGUGGACUACUCAAAUGUUCAAGUAUUGGCGGAGUAUCUAUUACCUAAAGUAGAAGAUCGUAUAAAGGAAACUGGAAAGUUUAAAAUACUAGCAUAUUCUUUUGGUUCCGCAAUAGCUCUAGAGGUCGUACAUCUGCUAGAAAACAAAGGAUACAUAGGAGAAAUAGUAGUAGUAGAUGGUGGACCGUCAUUUGUAAAGAAGUUGACACAACCCUUCAGUUCGCUUUCCGAAGCCGAAUUUGAAACGUCUAUUAUCUGCCAUUUAAUGUCAUUUAAUUUGUCCAGUGAUAUUAUUUCCAAACACCAGGAAAAAAUUGUAAAAUGCAGUACCUGGAAUGAAAGACUUGAAAUAGGUGAAGAAAUCCUAAAACAAAAUGACCUUUCUGAAGGGUCCAUAGCCUUCAAAAGAUACCUAGCCAACGGAUUUUUCAAUCACGCAAAACUUGCCAUGAAUUAUGAGCAGUCAUUUAAAACCAUCAAAUCAAAAAUCACCCUUAUCGCUCCAGAAGAACCAUUAAGCAAGGAAAUUGACGCUGAUUGUGGAUUAUCAAGUAUUGCUUCAAGUGAAGUGGUUAUAAUAAAGGCCAAAGGAAACCAUGUUACUGUAUUAGAAAAUGAAGAGAUAGGAGACAUUGUUAACUCGAUCUUCAAUAAAAAUUAAGAAUGUAUAUAAGAGUUAAUUAUAGCCUUUUAAUUAUAACUUUUGUUAAAUUUA